AUGAAUAUAAAACAGAGGAAAAAUUUUUUAUUAGAGUUUAUGUUUAGAGGGCACUAUGUUGAUAAAAACUUUUUAUCUUUUAUUAAAUUAUUGCAGUGUUUUAUUUUUUUUUACCGGGGCGUAUGCACCCCGAUCCAAAACCUCUUUAUCUCUAAAUUCUUUAUCCAUUUCUUCUAUCCACUUUCAUUAAUUUUCAUUUUUCUUAAACUAUCUGUCGACUUUAAUAUUAAUCCAGCAUAA